CGGGGAUCGCCCCCGAGCAGCUGCAUCCUCUGGGUGGGUGAGUGAGCGCUCUGCCGCACCCGGGAUGGGGGAGGGGGGUGCUCAUGGCCGGGGAGAAGGUGGAUCGCGGCCCCCUCCUACCCGCCCCGGGAGAAAGUGGGCAGGAACCGGUGGGGGAAGGAGGAUCCACCUUGCGUUGCCUGCCCGUGUUUCUGUUUCGGUGGUCGAUGAGCGUAUUUGGAUGGUGCCUCCUGUGGUGAGAAGCAUCUGAUGGGGCCAAGGAGAAGAGGAGCUGGUUUAAGAUGGGUCGAGGAAGAGGGUUGACGGAGGGUGGGGCGUGGGAUGGUUUGGAAGUUUCUUAUUGACAUUAGGUUAGGCGACUGCAGGGGAGGGGGUCGUCUCAGAACUGCGGAGGAGGGGGUGAGGAGGGCUUCCUGCCCGUAACUCACUUCCCUUUUGGGGGAUUUGCUUCCUCUUCUACGGCUAGCUAAGAAGGAAGAGAAUCUCUGCCCCUUUCCAGAACCCCUGUCAUCUCUAGCCUCAGGGAUAUGGGGGAAGGUGUGGCCCUCAAAAGCUGAAAGGGGCCUUGAUACUCAAACCCUGCCAUUGUUGGCCAGGGCUCCAAUAAUUCUUUAUGUAUGUAUGUUUCCUUGCAGCUCUCCCUUUGGGUGUAAGGCAUCUGGGUGUUUGCUUAGAGGUGUAUUUUGGGGGGCAGGGGCGCUCAGUGGAGCUGCUCUCCAUUCAGCACACUCUCUUGUGCAGGUCUCAUAAUCCGUUGCUGGCCUCCUCCACCUGCUCGCAGCCAUGGCCAGUGAAAACUCUCCUUUGCUGGCCUACCGGCUCCUGGGGGAGGAGGGGGUUGCCUUCCCUGCCAAUGGGGCCGGAGGACCUGGAGGUGAAUCUGCCCGGAAGCUCUCCACCUUCCUGGGUGUGGUGGUGCCCACGGUCCUGUCCAUGUUCAGUAUAGUUGUCUUCCUGAGGAUUGGGUUCGUGGUGGGCCAUGCUGGGCUGCUGCAGGCUUUGGCCAUGCUCCUGGUUGCCUACUUCAUCCUGGCGCUCACUGUCCUCUCUGUCUGUGCCAUUGCCACCAACGGAGCUGUUCGGGGCGGUGGAGCCUACUUCAUGAUCAGCCGGACCCUGGGACCUGAGGUUGGAGGCAGCAUCGGCCUCAUGUUCUACCUGGCUAAUGUCUGUGGCUGUGCUGUCUCCCUGUUGGGGCUGGUGGAGUCCAUGCUCGAUGUUUUCGGAGUGGAUGCCACUGGGUCCAGUGGGCUCCGGGUCCUGCCCCAGGGCUACGGCUGGAGUUUGCUUUAUGGCUCCCUGCUUCUGGGCCUGGUGGGUGGCGUCUGCACGCUGGGGGCUGGCCUCUAUGCCCGUGCCUCCUUCCUCACAUUCCUAAUCCAGUUGACCCCGCGGCCUGGCCCCAAUGGCUCCUCCCUGCCACCCCAGGUUGGCCACUUCACCGGCUUCAAUAGCAGCACCCUGAAGGCCAACUUGGGCGCUGGCUACGCAAAGGACUACACCACAGGGGCCAUGAUGACCUUUGCCAGCGUUUUUGCCGUCCUUUUUAAUGGCUGCACAGGCAUCAUGGCUGGCGCCAACAUGUCUGGGGAGCUGAAGGACCCCAGCCGGGCGAUUCCUCUGGGCACCAUUGUAGCUGUCGCCUACACCUUUUUCAUCUACAUCCUGCUUUUCUUCCUCUCCAGCUUUACCUGUGACAGGAUCCUGCUGCAGGAGGAUUAUGGGUUCUUUCGUGCCAUCAGCCUGUGGCCCCCACUGGUGUUGAUUGGCAUCUAUGCCACAUCAAUCUCAGCCUCCAUGAGCUCCCUUAUUGGUGCCUCCCGCAUCCUCCACGCCCUGGCCCAGGACGACCUCUUUGGAAUGAUCUUGGCACCAGCCAAGGUGGUAUCCCAAGGGGGGAACCCCUGGGGGGCUGUGCUCUAUUCAUGGGGCCUCGUCCAGCUGGUGCUCCUGGUUGGGAAGCUGAACACACUGGCUGCUGUGGUUACUGUCUUCUACUUGGUGGCCUAUGCUGCAGUGGACCUGUCCUGCCUGAGCCUGGAGUGGGCCUCGGCCCCCAACUUCCGCCCCACCUUCAGCCUGUUCUCCUGGCACACCUGCUUGCUGGGGGUAGCCUCCUGCCUGCUCAUGAUGUUUCUCAUCAGCCCUGGGGCUGCAGGCGGCUCCCUGCUGCUCAUGGGCCUGCUUUGUGGCCUGCUCACAGCUCGAGGCGGCCCCAGCAGCUGGGGCUACGUCAGCCAGGCCUUGCUUUUUCACCAGGUCCGUAAAUACCUGCUUCGACUGGACGUGCGGAAGGAUCAUGUGAAGUUCUGGAGACCCCAGCUGCUGCUCCUGGUGGGGAACCCCCGGGGCGCCCUGCCUCUGCUUCGGUUGGCCAACCAGCUCAAGAAGGGAGGCCUCUAUGUGCUGGGCCACGUCACGCUGGGAGACCUUGACUGCCUGCCCUCGGACCCUGUGCAGCCACAGUAUGGGGCGUGGCUGAGCCUUGUGGACCGGGCCCAAGUGAAAGCCUUUGUGGACCUCACCCUCUCGCCCUCUGUGCGCCAGGGGGCUCAGCAUCUGCUGCGGAUCUCAGGCCUUGGUGGCAUGAAGCCCAACACGUUGGUCCUGGGUUUCUACGAUGAUGCUGUACCCCAGGAUCACUUCCUGACAGACCCGGCUUUUUCUGAGCCUGCUAAUGGUACCCAGGAGGGCGGGUCCCCAGCCCUGAGUACCCUGUUCCCUCCACCCCGGGCUCCUGGGAGCCCCCGAGCUCUAAGUCCUCAGGACUACGUGGCCACAGUGGUAGACGCCCUCAAGAUGAACAAGAAUGUGGUUCUGGCAAGAGCCUGUGGGGCCCUGCCCCCCGAGCGUCUGAGCCGGGGGUCCGGCAGUCCCUCUCAGCAGCAUCAUGUGGAUGUGUGGCCCCUCAACCUGCUGCGGCCUCGGGGUGGCCCUGGCUACGUGGACGUCUGUGGGCUCUUCCUGCUGCAGAUGGCAACCAUCUUGGGCAUGGUACCUGCUUGGCACAGUGCCCGGCUCCGGAUCUUCUUGUGCCUUGGGCCUCAAGAGGCCCCUGGGGCGGCUGAGGGGCGUCUCCGGGCCCUGCUGAGCCAGCUGCGGAUCCGGGCGGAGGUGCGGGAGGUGGUGUGGGGUGACGGGGCUGGGUCCGGACAGCCCGAGGAGGAGGAGGAAGGGGACUUCGUGAACAGCAGGCGGGGAGACUCCGAGGCAGAGGCCCUGGCCUGCAGCGCCAAUUGCCUGGUUCGGGCCCAGCAAGGGCGCGGCAGAGGAGGGCCUGGUGGGCCUGAGGGUGGGGAUGGUGAGGAGGGGCCCACCACCGCUCUCACCUUCCUGUACUUGCCGCGGCCACCUGCUGAUCCUGCCCGAUACCCCCACUACCUGGCCCUGCUGGAGAUUCUGAGCCGGGAUCUGGGCCCCACGCUGCUCAUUCACGGUGUCACCCCUGUCACGUGCACUGAUCUCUGAUGCCUUGUUGAAGUAGAGUCUCCCGGCUGGCAGCCCACCUUCAUAGCAGAUGAGAGAAGGGCUGCCUCCUGCCUGCCCUGAACAUGGGACACAUGGCCAGGGGGGGUCCUGGGCUAGGGCAGCUCUAGAUCUCUAGGAGCGGGGCCCUGAUGCACUGAUGAAUGCAGGGCAGCCCUCCCUGCCCAGCCAGGGCGGGAGUCAGCUCUGCUCCCUCCCCGCACCGGUGCCUUGAUGGGGGCUAGGUCUCUGCUUGAGACUCUAGGCUACCUCAGUCUCCCCCUCACCUGACAGACUCACUGACCCCGAGGUUGUGAUGUUUUUGUUCUGUUUUAUUUUU